UCUCUCUCCGGUGGGGUGGCUUUUGCUGCCGUUAGUGAUAAGCACGCCUCGCAUCUCAUCAUUCCUUUCAACCUCUCCCCACUCCCCGCCCUGUCUCUUCCCAGGCUGUUGUCAUCCUUCUUCUGCGCCCGCCCACUUUCCUCUUGCAUUUUUUCCUCAGCUUUUCGUUGCGGAAGAAUCGAUUUUAUGACUGGAAGUUUUCUUCAUUAGAUUGGAUCUGCAGCUGCAAAUUGAAAUUAUCCACACGAGGGCACAUAUUUUCCUGUCAUUGAACCAAGAUUAUAGAAGAAAGAAUUUUUUUUUUUAAAGCUGUAGAAUAGCAUGGCCGUAUCCAUGAGAGAUUUGGAUCCAGCUUUUCAAGGAGCUGGACAAAAGGCUGGAAUUGAGAUAUGGCGCAUUGAAAGUUUUCGUCCUGUUCCUGUUUCAAAGUCAUCUUAUGGAAAAUUUUUUACAGGAGACUCCUACAUAAUUUUAAGGACAAUUGCGUUAAAAAGUGGUGGAUUACGUCAUGAUAUCCAUUAUUGGCUUGGUACAGAUACUUCUCAGGAUGAAGCUGGUACUGCAGCCGUCAAGACAGUUGAAUUGGAUGCUGCUCUUGGAGGGCGUGCUGUCCAGUAUCGUGAAGUCCAGGGCCAUGAAACUGAGAAAUUUCUUUCAUAUUUCAAACCAUGUAUUAUACCUCAAGAAGGUGGUGUUUCAUCUGGAUUCAGGCAUGCUGAGGCUGAAGAGCAUAAGACACGUUUAUAUGUUUGUAAAGGAAAACAUGUAGUCCAUGUAAAAGAGGUUCCUUUUGCUCGAUCAUCUCUCAAUCAUGAUGACAUUUUUAUUUUAGAUACCAAGUCUAAAAUCUUUCAAUUUAAUGGUUCCAACUCAUCUAUUCAAGAGAGAGCUAAAGCACUGGAAGUUGUUCAGUACAUUAAAGAUACUUAUCAUAAUGGAAAAUGUGAGGUAGCUGCUGUUGAGGAUGGAAAAUUGAUGGCUGAUCCUGAAAGUGGAGAAUUCUGGGGUUUCUUUGGUGGAUUUGCUCCUCUCCCUAGGAAAUCAGCAAAUGAUGAUGAUAAGGCAGUUGAUUCUCCUCCUGCUAGGUUGCUUCGUGUUGAGAAGGGGCAUGCAGAAGCUGUUGAGGCUGAUUCUUUGAAAAGGGAACUGCUAGACACAAAUAAAUGCUUUCUUCUAGAUUGUGGUGUAGAAGUGUUUGUGUGGAUGGGGAGAAAUAGCUCUCUCGAUGAAAGAAAAAGUGCAAGUGGAGCUGCAGAAGAGUUAGUUCGUGGUCUUGAUCGACCAAAAUCUCACAUAAUCCGUGUAAUUGAGGGUUUUGAGACUGUGAUGUUUCGGUCAAAGUUUGAUUCUUGGCCUCAGGCAACUGAUGUAGCAGUCUCUGAGGAUGGUAGAGGCAAGGUUGCUGCACUUCUAAAACGUCAAGGGGUUAAUGUGAAAGGGCUCUUGAAAGCUGCUCCUGCUAAAGAGGAACCUCAACCAUAUAUUGAUUGCACUGGGAAUCUUCAGGUUUGGCGUGUAAAUGGCGAGGUGAAGACUCUCCUUUCAGCUUCUGAUCAAUCAAAGUUUUACAGUGGAGAUUGCUAUAUAUUCCAGUAUUCAUAUUCUGGAGAAGACAAAGAGGAAUACCUUAUAGGGACAUGGUUUGGGAAGAUGAGUGUUGAGGAAGAAAGAGCUUCAGCUACUUCACUGGCAAGCAAGAUGAUUGAAUCGUUGAAGUUUUUGCCUGCACAGGCACGCAUUUAUGAAGGAAAUGAACCAAUUCAGUUCUUCUCAAUCUUCCAGAGUUUUAUUGUUUAUAAGGGUGGUCUUAGUCAAGGUUAUAAGAGUUACAUUGCUGGAAAGGAAAUUCCUGAUGAAACAUAUAAAGAAGAUGGUAUUGCAUUAUUUCGUGUUCAGGGUACUGGACCUGAUAAUAUGCAGGCAAUUCAAGUUGAACCGGUUGCAUCAUCUUUGAAUUCCUCCUACUGCCACAUAUUACAUUGUGGCUCCUCUGUUUUUACAUGGUCUGGAAACCUGACAACGUCAGAGGACCAGGAACUAGUUGAGAGGCAGCUGGAUUUGAUAAAGCCAAAUGUACAGUCCAAACCACAAAAGGAAGGUGCAGAAUCUGAACAAUUUUGGGAUUUGUUAGGAGGAAAAUCUGAAUACCCCAGCCAAAAGAUAGUAAGGGAUGCUGAAAGUGAUCCUCAUCUAUUCUCAUGCACUUACUCAAAAGGAGAUUUGAAGGUGACAGAGAUAUUCAAUUUUACCCAGGAUGAUUUGAUGACUGAAGAUUUAUUCAUCCUGGAUUGUCACUCAGAAAUCUUUGUCUGGAUUGGGCAACAAGUUGACUCAAAGAUUAAGAUCCAUGCUUUAAAUAUUGGGGAGAAAUUUCUUGAACACGAUGUUCUUUUAGAGAGAUUAUCUUGUGAAGCUCCUAUAUAUAUUGUCAUGGAAGGGAAUGAGCCCCCCUUCUUUACACGUUUCUUCACAUGGGAUUCUACGAAAUCUUCUAUGCAUGGAAACUCAUUCCAAAGGAAACUUGCAAUGGUGAAAAAUGGGGGUGCUCCAACUAUAGAUAAACCCAAGAGGAGAACACCUGUAUCAUAUGGGGGAAGGUCCAGUGUGCCAGAUAAAUCUCAGCGUUCUAGAAGCAUGUCUUUUAGCCCUGAUCGAGUGCGUGUGAGGGGCAGGUCUCCAGCAUUCAAUGCACUAGCUGCAAAUUUUGAGAACCCAAAUGCAAGGAACCUUUCAACUCCACCUCCAGUUGUUAGGAAGCUCUAUCCCAAAUCCGUGACCCCAGACUCAGAAAAACUGGCCCCUCGAUCUGCUGCUAUAGCAGCACUUACUGCUACUUUUGAGCAACCAGCACCAGCACGGGAAAUUAUUAUACCCAGAUCUCUUAAAGUGAGCCCAGAAGCACCUAAACCUAAACCGGAGAUGAUCUCUAAGGAGAACUCAAUGAGCAGCAGAAUCGAAGCUCUCACUAUUCAAGAAGAUGUGAAAGAGGAUGAAGCUGAAGAUGAGGAAGGGCUCCCUAUAUAUCCUUAUGAGCGCCUUAAAAUAUCAUCAAAUGAUCCUAUUACAGAGAUUGACGUGACAAAGCGAGAGGUUUAUCUAUCCCCAGAAGAGUUCCGGCAGAAAUUUGCUAUGACGAAGGACGCUUUCCACAAGCUGCCCAAAUGGAAACAGAAUAAGCUUAAAAUGGCACUUCAGUUGUUCUGAGUCUCCAUAUUGCUUCCCAUUUUCUUUCAGCUCCCUGCAGUUCAGAUAGCAGCUGGAAUGCUUGCUUGUAAAUUUGUAUGAUAUCUUUUUUCGAUUGAUGGAGUUGCGGUAUCACUACUUGCACCAUGCGAGUAAAUCUAAUUGCUUCCUUUCUUUUCUUUGUAGUUGGGAACUCAAUUUCUCAGGUCUGAAAGGGACUGCAUCAGUGCAUUUUAAGCUGUUUCUGCUCCCAAGAAGCUUCUUGUCGUGAUUGAUGGACAAAAUAUGGGAUUUCCCCAUUGCUUUUUCCCAUUUUUGGUGGUUUGGAUGUCUAGCCUUUUUUUUUUGGGUUCUUUUCUUGAGUUGGCUGCUUGGUAUUCUUUAGUCACAGGUUUGUUGUGAGCUUGCAUUUUUUGUUUUUGUUUCUAAUCUUCAAAUUUUUUUUUUCUUGUGUAUUUUAACAAUUUUUUGAGCAGAGGAAUUAGAGGGCUUGCAAAUGCAUACUGUUUAGGGUGUAAUGUAUGAUCGAUGAUGGAAAGUGUGUACAGCAGAGUUUGUAAAAACCAGUCCACUAGUUAUCUGUUUUGACAUUAAAGUGUGAUUUAAUUUUAAUUUUCUUCCC